AUGGGCGACAACGCAGCCGACCACAAAAUGGAGGACGACACCGCCAUGCAGAGCCCCGCCACCGGCACCAUUGAAAAGGGCAAGGGAAAGGCCGCUGAGCAGCAGCCAGACCUUAGCAUGGACGAAGAGUCGUCCGAUGAAGAGGAGUCUGGCGCUGAGAACGAGACAGCUGAGCCGGAGGACGAGGAUACGAUGGAGGAAAUCAACACCGACAACAUCAUCAACGACGGCCGGCGCACUCGCGGCAAAAGCAUCGACUUCAAGAAGGCCGCUGCCGAAUUGGACGACGACGAUGAGGAAGACGACGACGAGGACUUCCAGGACCCAGACGAUGCGAUGGAGGAGUAG